CCCCGCCCCUCUGCGUAACCUGGCGUCACUCAUCACGUGACGCCCGGCAGUGCCGCGAGGGGUCGGCGGUGGCUCUCGCUCCCGCUGGCAUGGUCUGCGCACGGGUGAUUCCCACCGAAUGAAGCGCACUGUGGCGUGAUGGCGAGGGCCUAGGGGAAGGUGCAGACAGGCCUGGACGCCGCCUGUAGCUGCCUUCGGCCUCCCGGCCUCUGCGCUCUUUCCUGCGCCGUUGCUAGGCAGCCGCAUCUGGGCGCGGGAGGCAGGGCGGGCUAAUGCGGAAAGGUACGGGUGCCGGGGAGGGGCUGUGAUUGCAGAGGGUCCGGGUGUCUGGCAGAGGGCUAUGGAGCAGUACCGCAUCCUGGGCCGCAUUGGGGAGGGCGCGCAUGGGAUCGUCUUCAAGGCCAAGCACGUGGAGACUGGAGAGAUCGUUGCCCUCAAGAAGGUGGCCCUGCGGCGGCUGGAGGAUGGCAUCCCCAACCAGGCCCUGCGGGAGAUCAAGGCCUUGCAGGAGAUCGAGGACAGUCAGUAUGUGGUACAGCUGAAGGCCGUGUUCCCGCAUGGCGCAGGCUUCGUGCUGGCCUUCGAGUUCAUGCUGUCAGAUCUGGCUGAGGUGGUGCGCCACGCCCAGAGGCCGCUGACCCAGGCGCAGGUCAAGAGCUACCUGCAGAUGCUGCUCAAGGGGGUCGCUUUUUGCCAUGCCAACAACAUUGUACAUCGGGACCUGAAACCAGCCAACCUGCUUAUCAGUGCCUCGGGCCAGCUCAAGAUAGCGGACUUUGGCCUGGCCCGGGUCUUUUCCCCAGAUGGCAGCCGUCUCUACACGCACCAGGUGGCCACCAGGUGGUACCGAGCCCCUGAGCUCCUGUAUGGUGCCCGCCAGUAUGAUCAGGGUGUCGACCUGUGGGCUGUUGGCUGCAUCCUGGGGGAGCUGUUGAACGGGUCCCCCCUUUUCCCAGGGGAGAAUGACAUUGAACAGCUUUGCUGUGUGCUUCGAAUCUUGGGCACCCCCAGUCCUCAAGUCUGGCCGGAGAUCAAGGACCUGCCUGACUACAACAAGAUCUCCUUCAAGGAGCAGGCUCCCGUGCCCCUGGAGGAGGUGCUGCCCGAUGCCUCUCCCCAGGCCUUGGACCUGCUGGGGCAUUUCCUCCUCUACCCUCCACGCCAGCGCAUUGCAGCCUCCCAGGACAAGCCAGGCCUCUUGUUCUUCUGCUCCGGCCUGAUUCGACCACAGUGGUCCUGCUCCUGGCCAGGCCAUCCAGCCUCAGCAGAGGGGACCCUCGGCCUGUGCUGUCGGCCUCCCGUCUGUUGCUGGUAACAGAUCCAUCAGAAGGAGGCAGUGAGUUCCGCUGGCAUGCCUGCCAUGGGGCUGGUUCUCUAGUUGCUGCCUUCCUGGUCAGGGACAGUCCUGGUGGAGCCGUUUGGGGGAGCGCUGAGUGUAGGAUGUCCUCAUGUCGGAAAUCCAAGUGGGAAGGAAAGUGUGGUUUGAUUUUGUUCUCAGAGACAUUAAACACUAGUUCACUUUUGAGAUUUAUUAUAAAAACGCCCGGUAGUUCUACGUGAUGUAUGCCCCUCUUCCUUUCCAGCUGAGGGAAGUGGCUGAGGUAGCAUCAUCCCCUGGCCCUUGCUUCUCUGUGGUCACUGGGAAAGUGGCCCCAUUCAUGGCUACUUUAGUCUUGGGAGAUUGCUAGGUGCUUCAUGUGACAGAGCUCGCUUUUGGAGGUGAGUUGGCAGAAAUCAGGACCCAGGAAUGGCUCAAGUUGGGGACCCAAUAAGUGACCCUCCACACCUUAAGCUGGUUUACCAACAUCACCCUCAGGAUACGGGUGAGCCUGGACCACAUGGGCCUCCUCUUUACUCAGAGAUACUGGGCAAAUAAGAAGACAGACAUUCCUGGAACUCAUUUGUUAAUUCAGUAAAUCCCAAUACAAUCUGAA